CUGGUCGUUCAGGCAGCCACGUCGAACGCUUUCCAUCUAGCUGUGCUGCCGAAAAAAAUAAUGUAGCGGCCGAAUUAUACGUCCGUUACGAGAUACACGUAACUCUGGAGGGCUGUCUGAGAUCGGCGCAUCUCCGUACGUGGCAGUUUGUCUUGUGAGAGUCCGUGUGUGAGAGAGACAAGAGUGAGAGAGAGAGAAAGUGAGGGAGUGAGAGGCAGAAGCUAUUGCGAAGCAGGAAGACCUAGAAAACACGGUUACUAUGUACAUAAUAACGUGAACAAGCGAGCCACAGUGUAAUGGAAUUCCAGUAUUUAUUGGUGACGUAUCAUGUUGCGAUCGUUGGUUGAUCGAUUCUCAAAUGAAGGGUUUUUUUUCCUUCUCUCUCACAGCCACGGAACAGUAGCACCAGGAUGUGAUGUCAGGGUGUUUUAAAAUCCUCCUUGUAUUUUCCCUUCUUCUACGCGACCGAUAUAGUAGCGUCAUGUGAUAUACCAGGAAGAGAACUUACGCUGUGUUUUUGUUUGUUGUAGCACCGAGGAACGGUCUAAAAGUAAGUACCGCCAUGUUGUGAUAGAAACGUGCGGGUGGUACCACACAAUGCCUGCGGGAAUUGGUGCUUCCUACGUUCCGAGAUCGAUCCCGGCUGGCGGUAUUUCAUUCAUGGAUUUAGCAUGUCACCCAGAAUGACACUGGUAUAAUGAGGUUACUACUCUCAACAAGAAUCGCUAUCAGGAAUUACUAAAUGCGCCUCCAGGAAUUACUAAAGGCGUGGUCAAGAUUCAUCAAAAGGCGCUGUCGGGAAUUGUUAAAGGCGCUCUCAGGGAUUACUAAAGGUGCCGUCAGGAAUUCCUAAAGGCGCCGCCAGGAAUUACUAAAGGCGCUUUCAGACUAAAGGCGCUGUUAGGAAUCGUUGGUCAGGAGUUACUAUAGGCACGUUCAGACUGUUAUAUGCACUGGCAGGAAGUACCAUAAACACAGCCCGAAAUUAUAUAUGCACCGCGCUGUCAAUUUCUACAGUUCUAGGCGCCGACAACCAUUUUAUCAGACGCUGUCAUGAACUAACAUUGGUGUUAUCGGAUGUUAGUUACUAAGAGCUCCGCAAGAGUACUAAAGGCUUCGCCAGACUGCUAAAAGCUAAAACAGAUGUUGCUAGAACCGCAGUUAAAUACUACAACAGGCAGAGGAAGACAUUGCUAAAGGCGCCGUGAAAUCGAGCUAAAGGUGCAGGCAUACACUUCUAAAGGCGCUGUCACUCUACUAUAUGUCAUACUAUUAUAAUCGCUAUAAUCUCUACUAUAAUCGCAGACACGUUUGCUAAAGGCGCUGACAAACGUGUAAUCGUUGUGGAAACGUUUAUACAGGCGCUGUCAGACGUGCAAUCGUUGUGGAGACCUUUCUAAAGGCGCUGUCAGACAUUGCUGCUCAGGGACGUAACAGUAUUGAACUAAGGGCGUGUUUAGUUCAUGCCUAGUCGUAUUAUGUGUGUCUUUCGUUGGACCUCCUGACAUGUCGGUCAUCAUCCGGGCAUUCUACGUCCUCAUUUCCGUUAUUCUGUGGCAGACAGACAUGUCUUCAGCACAAAACGAUUAUACAGUGGAAAAGGUCCAGAUGCGAGUGGUCUCCACGGUCGAUUUGCCCGAUCCAAUCACGUGUUACACGUGCGAAGGGACGGCAGUGAACAGCACGUGCGCCGACCCUUUACCCGUGAAGAAGAACACGGAUUUAAUAAAGAAAGAAUGCGGAAGGGGUAUCUGCUUGAAGUGGACGUUUUACAGGGGAGGUACCUUGUUUAUGCAAAGAACGUGUUCUUCGGAUUUAAACUUUCACCUCACCAUGAUCGAUGGCGUGUGCCGCACGGAGCGCAACGGAAACGGAUACCUGUGUAUGUGUGGCAGGAACCUGUGUAACGGCAGCACACGACCGAGUGCCAGUCCACGAAUUUUGUUCCUAUUACUUGUUUGUUACACAUUGAUAUCUCAGAGGAGGUUGCUAUGGACACAAUGACGUCACUUCGUCCAAGGAUGGACAGAUGUGUGGGAAUAAAACAAACUCUGCGACUGCUAGUGUCUCGGUCUGGCUGUGUCAGUUUAGUUUCGUAUUUUUACCGUAUUCCUCCGAAUUAACUAUGCAUUUUAACAAUUCAAAAACAUACAAAUUAAUGUGUAUAUAUAGUUUGUGAGAAAAAAACAACAACCCGACGCUGGUAGUAGUUCCUGUAUGUAUAUAUUCCAUCAAGGGCGUAGGAAGCGAAGUGUGAGUGGGGGCAACGUAUUCACCCAGUGCUAGUGUACAGAAUUAGUACCUUUCCUCUACCAAGUAUAUGGCACCAUAGGUAACCGCCUAAGUAGCCUAUGUAGUGUUGUGAAAUAAAGGUAGGGUGGGAUGGCAGGCCCGCGCGCAGAGGGGGGUGCGACGGGUGUGUACGCACCCCCCCUCCCCCCAAUUACUAAAGGUCCACUUUUCUCUAUUAAAUUUAAAUAACAUUACGUAAUCGUUGUUGUUUUGAGGUGUUAUUUUUAUGUUGAUUGGUCCCAUCACGAGCAAUUCGCACCCACUCAUUAAAAAUCCUGCGUACGGGCCUGGAUGGGAUAGGAGUUCCAAUCUGUCAUACACACACGUGUGCACCCACGCGCGCACAUAGACCUAUACACAUCCAUGCACAUAAUAAAUAUGGCCUCAGACCACAGUUAUCUUCCCAUUUUGGUUGACCAAAAUCCGGAAAUAUGACCGCGCAAGUAGUCUGUUGUUUGACUGUGAUUAUUUCAUGGCAGACAGCUUGGAAGUGGCAACUAUCAAGCUGAAGUUGACAGGCGAGAACAUGUCGUUUGCAAAUAUUGAAGACUUUUGUGGUAAUUCCGACCAAUUCAGAAGUAGUGCUUUUAGUGCAAACUGGAUGUACUAAGACCAGGUUUAGUAGGUGUGUUUGUUUAAACCAAUAUCCCGGGAGAAAGAGCUGGACAACAGGGGUUGUCAUUUUCAUGGUAUGUUUCCAUCAGACAGGCAAAUGUACAUUAAACAAAUCCAUGGGCCUGCUGAUAUUAAUAAACAAAUGUUACAGCCACUAACGCUAUAUAGAAACAUAUAGCGUAAUUAAUUGUGGUCUGUGGCCUGAUAUAGCCUACGUUUCGAGGGUGACGAAUUACAAUGUUCUAUGUGCACAAAACCUCAUUUUGAGAAAACGCCACUUGAAGUUUGGAGCUGCCAUAUCGGAGUCAUAGAGAGGUCUUUGCAAUAGCUUUAAUAUAACAACUGUUUCUUACAAUACCAUAUUCUAGGACUGUUUACUAUGUAGAUAAUUUUACUUUCUAUCAAAUAGGAUGGAUAACAAAUUUUUGGAAAAAUUGCAGAUAGAACCUUGUAAUUCUCAGGCCACGGUUUGUCCCCACCCACACUGUGUAACAGCUUCCUUCUCCUUUGAAAAUAUCGACAUUUAGCUGGCUUGCUGAAAGAGCAUAGACGUAGUUCUAUUGUGAAUAAAACCUUCUUUCAUUUAUUCCUUAUACUUAUAUAAAUAUACUCAACAAAACGUAUUAAGGAUCAGCAGAUAUGUUUGGCAUUUUUCUUCAAAUACGGUAAACCAAUGCGGUGUUUCGUGGCCUUAAAGGCAUAUUGUCACAGACCACUGACCUAUUAAAUGGCCUAACAAAGUAUUACCUAAACAAAUAUAAAAUUGAUUUGUCCCUAAAUGUACUUUAUUCAGCCAUCUAUGUAAC